AUGCGGGUACCCACCCCGGGCCCGGCCUCGCCUGGCCGCGAGGCCGAGGCUGGCCCGCGGCCUGUGGCGCUGACUGCCGCGGGGCGCGCAGGGGUCGCCCCUGGGUCGAUGGAGCGCUUAAUCCAGCGGCUGCGGGACUACGCCAAGGAGCAGGUGGAGGGCAGCCAGGCGGCCGCCAACUUGGAGCGCGUCAGAGCCAGGUGCGGCGGUGGGCCCCUGGUGCUGGACGUGGCGUUGCCCGGCGCCGCGUACUUCUCCGUGGCGGCGGGCGGCAUGGCUGAGGUGCUACACCUGCUUGGCGGGGACGGCCACGUCCAGGUGGAUCGCUUCAUUGGCGCCAGCGGGGGUGCGUGCAGCCUCUUCCUCAUCGUGGCUGGCAUGCGCGGGACAGAGGGCGGGGGCUGCCGGUGCCCUGACUCGGAGGUAUUGUUGCGCUCUUACCUGGAUUACGGUGAGUCGGAGGGCGUAGGCCCGGUGCACCGCGGGCUCAGCGCGCUCGGGCAGGUCUUCGUUGGGGUCAGCAGCUUCUGGGAGAACCGGUACAGAGAGCUGCUCCGGGACCCGCUGGCCUUUGCGGCGAUUCGGCGGCGGGCGUUCGUCGCUGUCGCCGCCAGGCCCCUGCGUGCUGCAGUCCUCGGGCGGCCCCGGCAAGGCGACGGCGACUCGCCGUCGUUCCUGGCGGCGUCGGACAACUACGUGUUCAGCGACUUCGAGACCGAGGAGCAGGCCGUGCAGGCGUUCGUGGCCACCGGGGAGGCGACGGGGAAGGGCUUCCUGAGGGGCAUCCGCGGGCUUGCGCCAGAGGGCGCCCGCUUCGCGCUGCACGGGCACGACGGAGCCACCGCGCCGGCGCAGGUGCAGCUCCCGCACUCGUUCUGUGACGGGGGGCACCCAGUGGGCCUCUGGUCCUUGGGGGACGAGCGCCGCAACGCGACGCUGUACUACUACACCAUGUUCUCAGAGGCGUGCGACGCCCUCUUCUCGGGGAGAGCGUCGAGAGGCUCUUCAAAAAGGGAGUCGACAGGGCCAUCGAGUGCCUCGCCAGCGAGCAGCUGCUGUCGCCCGCGCCGCCCGCAGACGGCUUGA